AGACACUCCACUUAUGUCACAUUAUUUGUUGCAGAAAGGUUGAUUAAAGUGCUAGUCAAGCAUUGAAGUUCAGCAGAUGUUCUACCUACGACUGAUGGCAGCUUCCCGCACUUGUGAAGAACACUGAACAACAAACAGUUAGGUUUUGAUGCUUCACGCCCUCGUUCCGUUCCCGAAGCUUCGAGGCAGAGAGAUGGAACGGCUUAUGCAGCCGACAGCCUCCCCCUGCACCGCACGUCUCUCCACAUCCAACCGUCUGAUUAGAUCAUGAUCAAAAGAACAGGAAUGACGUUCUUGCACGCAAAGAAAGCCCGUCCCCGGAAGCCUCUGGAGAUAAGAGGAACCGUCGGAUCACUUGGAUUCCUACAGCGAUGAAACCACUGGCCUCCGUCAACUCCCUAUAUUAGCAGCCCCUCUCUCACCUUUCCUCGCUCACCCUAUAAAAGCCCCCACGGACCGAACCCUGUUUUUUUCGUGUCGCAGACCACGAGAGAGAGAGAGAGAGAGAGAGAGAGAGAGUGGUGUGGCGUCGACAACGCUGGACAUGAAACCAUCUAUGGAGGCGACGAGGCCGCCGGAGUGCAGGGGCCACUGGCACAACAGCGCAGGGUACUUUAAGAUGCCGCUGCACUAUCCCAGGUACACCAAGGCGCAGUACGAGUCCAUGGACGAGGUGCAGCUCGAUCUCCUGCUCAGGGAGUAUGGCCUGCCGUCCAACGGAGACGUUACUCAGAAGAGGAAGGACGCCAUCGGCCACUUCCUCUGGUCAGAUGAUUGAAGGCAGAGAGAGAUUAGUCCGCUUUCUCACGUUGCUGUGGCACUUCUCCUUUUCUCCCUCAAUAACCUUUUAAGCAUGUAGAGUAGUCGCUUUGCUCCAUCCAUGUCAUGGGGUUUGGUGAAUUAAUUAAUUAAUUAAUUAAUUAAUUAUAUAUGUAAUAUGUGAAAUGUAGUGAGUCGAUGCCGUGACGUUGAGAUUCGGAUCAUCAUCAUCAUCAUCUGCUCAUCGCGACCGGACAUCAAGCGCUCCCCCGAAACGUCCCCUUCCAACGUUCUCGGCCAAGUGGUAGCGGUAGUAGUAUUCUUCUGCAUCGAAACGAAGCCUUCUCUCUCAUCGCUCGCCUCCGUCUUGAUGCGCGUGUUCGCACACACUCUUUCUCUCGCUUCCACAUCGGUCGCAUCUCACGUCUCCUUUUCCGCAUCUUCACGUUAUUCUCUCUCAUGCUUCUUCAUCUUCUCCACUGCGCCUCCUCCUCCCUUCCCCUCCCCCCCCCACCCCCUCCUUUCCACGUGAUCUCCAUCUUCCUUUAUCUUCCUCCUCCUUGCUUAUAAUAAAUGUGACCACUUGCGGUGAAGUCUGACGGCGCUUCUUAGUCCUCAAGAGACUAAAGGAGGAGAGACAUACAAAUGGACGCCAUCAGCAGCGGUGGCGGAGAGGGCGAAGGAUGGCGAGUGGCGCCGCCGAUGAGCGCAAUGGAGAUCCUGCGAGAGACCGUCCGGAUCCUCCGCGCCGAGCCCUCCCCCUUCAUGGCCACCCUCGUCAUCCUCAUCUGCCCCGUCUCCAGCGCCCUCCUCUCCGCCGUCCUCGUCCCCCCUGCCGCCUCCGACGCCCUCGCCCGUCGCCUCGCCUUCCUCGCCGCCGCCAGCGGCCUCCCCCUCGCCCGCCCCCUCCUCCAACUCUGCCGCCACCUCGCUGCCACCCUCCUCUCUGCCGCCGCCUGCUUCCCCCUCCUGGCCACCGCCCUCCUCCUCGCCCGCACUUCCGUCGCCUACUCCGUCGCCUGCGCCUACGCCGGCAAGAAAUUCCGCCCCGCCGACUUCUUCGCCGCCGUGCGCCGCGCCUGGCGCCGCCUCAUCUCCACCUACCUCUGGGUCUGCGCCUCCAUCUCCGCCUGCCUCGCCCUGUUCCUCGCCCUCCUCCUGCUCGCCUGCAAGGCGUUCGCCGCGUUGGGCUACCCGCCCGAGAUCGUCGUGUACCCGGCACUGCUCACCGUCCUCGCCUUCUCAAUGGCAUACGCCCACACCAUCAUCGUCUGCAACCUCGCGAGCGUGAUCUCCGUCUUGGAAGAGGUCUCCGGGCUGUUGGCUUUGCUGAGGUCGGUGAGGUUGAUCAGGGGGCAGACGCAGGCGGGGCUGCUGAUGUUCCUCGGGUCGACGAUUGGGAUGGCGUUCGUGGAGGGGCUAUUCGAGCAUCGAGUGAAGACCUUAAGCUACGGAAACGGGUCGUCACGGCUGUGGGAGGGGCCACUUCUGGUCUUCAUGUACUCCUUUGUUGUACUGAUAGAUUCAAUGAUGAGCGCAGUGUUCUACUUCACCUGUAGGUCCUCUGUCAUGGAAGAAUUGGAUGGGGAUGGCCGUGCUCUGAAAGGAACGCAGAAUGCUUCUCCCGAAGUGGACCGAUGCUGAGCGAACAGAAUCCAAAGCAAAGCCUAUAGCUAAUAAGUAUUCACCAUUAUUUCUGGCAAAACAGAGAAGUCGAUGCAUGCAAUUAGACCUGAAAACAAAACAAAAACAAAAACAAAAUUGCAGCCUCUCUACACUCAAAACAAUGCCACCAAAAGUUUCUAGUGUCA